CCGCCCCGCCCGCGCCUCCUGGCUAGCCGUCCGGCGCGUCACGUGACGGGUCGGCGGCACUGGCGGUUGCUGUCAGCUGAUUCCCUGGGUUGGUGGCAGUGGCAGCCGCAGCGAUGGACUUUCUUCUCGGGAACCCGUUCAGCUCUCCGGUGGGACAGCGCAUCGAGAAAGCUACCGAUGGCUCCCUGCAGAGCGAGGACUGGGCCCUCAACAUGGAGAUCUGUGACAUCAUUAACGAGACGGAGGAAGGUCCCAAAGAUGCCUUCCGAGCAGUGAAGAAGAGAAUCGUGGGGAAUAAGAACUUCCACGAGGUGAUGCUGGCUCUGACGGUCUUAGAAACCUGUGUCAAGAACUGUGGGCACCGCUUCCACGUGCUGGUGGCCAGCCAGGACUUCGUGGAGGGGGUGCUGGUAAGAACCAUCCUGCCCAAGAACAACCCUCCCACCAUCGUGCACGACAAGGUGCUCAACCUUAUCCAGUCCUGGGCUGACGCGUUCCGCAGCUCGCCCGAUUUGACAGGUGUCGUUGCUGUCUACGAGGACCUCCGGAGGAAGGGCCUGGAGUUCCCCAUGACCGACCUGGACAUGCUUUCGCCCAUCCACACGCCCCAGAGGACUGUGUUCAACUCGGAAACACCUUCAGGACAGUAUGCUGUGGGUACCGACACCAGUCAGCAAGUGGACUCUAACCAGCACACUGCCCCUCUGUCCACCCCAGCUGUACCUCCCAGCGACACACCCAUAGCACCAACCCCUGAGCAGAUCGCGAAGCUGCGCAGCGAGCUGGAGAUGGUGAGCGGGAACGUGAGAGUGAUGUCGGAGAUGCUGACGGAGCUGGUACCCACCCAGGCCGAGCCUGCGGAUUUGGAGCUGCUGCAGGAGCUCAACCGGACAUGCCGAGCCAUGCAGCAGCGAAUCCUGGAGCUCAUCCCCCGAAUCGCCGAUGAGCAGCUGACCGAGGAGCUGCUUAUUGUCAACGACAAUCUCAACAACGUGUUCCUGCGCCACGAACGGUUUGAACGGUUCCGAACAGGCCAGACUGCCAAGGCCCCAAGCGAGGCCGAGUCAGCAACCGAUCUGAUCGACAUGGGCCCUGACUCAGCAGCUCCCAGCCACCUCUCAUCCCAGCUGGCAGGAAUGAACCUGGGCUCCAGCAGCGUGAGGGCUGGCCUGCAGUCUCUGAAUGCCUCCGGCCAACUGGAAGACGAAUUUGACAUGUUUGCGCUGACGCGGGGCAGCUCAUUGGCUGACCAACGGAAGGAGGUCAAAUAUGAGGCCCCCCAAGCAACAGAUGGCCUGGCUGGAGCCCUGGACGCCCGGCAGCAGAGCACCGGAGCGAUCCCCGUCACCCAGGCCUGCCUCAUGGAGGACAUCGAGCACUGGCUGUCCACUGAUGUGGGAAAUGACGCUGAAGAGGCGAAGGGCGUCACCAGUGAAGAAUUUGACAAGUUCCUGGAAGAACGGGCCAAGGCCGCGGAUCGGUUGCCCAACCUCUCCAGCCCCUCAGCCGAGGGGCCCCCAGGUCCCCCUCCUGGCGCCGCCCCUCGGAAGAAGACCCAGGAGAAAGAUGAAGACAUGCUGUUCGCCUUAUGAGUGCUGGGCCUGGCUCCACAAUCCAGAGCCCCGCUGCUCCCGCACCCCGCGGCUGGGGCCUCUUUUCCCUCCUUCGGUGUUUAGGCUGCUGUAGGGGGUAGCUGUCCCCUUCUUCUCUCUUUGAUGGAGCUGACCCAGCUGCAGCCAGGCCAUGCUGCCUAGGGAGUGGGGAGGCAGCUGGAGGAAUCGGGGACGGGUCCGUUCUCCAUUGGGCAUCUGCCUCUUUCCCUACCCCAACCGACCACUACGACUUUGCUGAGAACUGGGAGACCCCGUGACAGGCUGGCUGCUUGGAUGCCCUGGUGUGACUCUUCCCCUGUCCUGGGUGACCACCUCCAUGAGCACAUCCCCCGAGGAGCCCUCUGCUGGGCCCACACUGCCAGGCAAGGACUUGCUGGGGGCUGGGGCCCGGAGAAGCCCUUUGCUGAAGCCUCUGGGUCAUCCCCUGGCCCCUGCCUCAUGGACCCCUGAGGCUUCGGCUGGCUAGUGAGGGCCGGCUGUGGUGGCCUCUUCGGAGCUGCACGCUUCCAGGUACAAGGCUGCACGUGCUGGAGGCGAGACCAGACCAGCCCCAGGCUGCAAGCUGAGGCUUCGGGGAUGCCUGGAGCACCCUUGGCCUUUGCCGCCACCUCCUCUGCCUUUUUCAUCCAUCUCUCUGUUCCUCCCAGACAGGCCUCCACCAGGCACUGGGGCCCACGUGUUCUUGAUCCCCUUGUCCUGGGAGACGUGCCUUUUGUACCCCCAAUUAAAGGUAGAAAGCCAGCCUGCUGGCAGCAGCGUU